AAAAAAAGUUUCCCCCCUUCCCACUAAACUCUGCUGAUGUAUCGCCAGUUUGCACAACACUUGACGGAGCGCAUCAGACCGAGAAAUUAAAGUGAAGGGAUUUGUUUUUUUCUCCGGGUUAAGAGCUAAAGUUUGGAAAUGAACGCACUCGCCGGGUAGAAAAGGGCACUCGAGUCUUUAUUUCCUCCAACGGCAUCAUGAAGCGACUCCUGCGCCUCAGCGUCUCACUCCGGACCCUCCUGCUAUUUUAUGCUUUCCUCAAGAGCUCACAUGCUGAGUGCGACACUGGUCAAUGUAGCGGCAUUAAAGUAACAACAACAACAACAACAAUCGACUUUCCAGGUCUGAACUGUAACUUCACCAUCAAUAACCAAUCCUAUGAACAACCACCGAUAACUGAACUGACUCCUGGGACCGUACAUCAAGUUUUCCUCAGAUGUAGAAACUGUUGCAAAGAGAUAACAACUCAGCCUGGAGUAGUCAGGAAUCUCAGUGUGACUGGAACCACAACAUCAUCUGUGUCUCUGAACUGGACUGAACCAGAGGGAAACAGCUCCUUCUAUAGAGUAGAGUGGACUGAUGGAGGAGUCAGUGGGAAUCAGGCUGUCAAUGAAACAUAUAUAAAUGUCACUGGGCUGACUGCUGGAGUCCAGUACACAUUUACUGUCACUGCAGUGGCAGGUGAUCGCCAAACUGAUGGAAGAAAUGAAACUGUUUCUAAAUACACAAAGCCAGGCACAAUUGGGGCACCCACUGUGUCCCACAACACCUCCUCCAUCUCUCUGAACUGGACUAAACCUGCUGGGGAGGUUUUCAAGUACAGGGUGGAGUGGCACAACGGUGGAGAAACAAUGACCAAGACCACAUCUGAAACCUCUGCUGUAUUGACUGGCCUGAUCCCGGGCACCAGGUACACAGUCCGGGUCAUUGCCAUUGCCCAUGAUGACCAGACGGAGGGAGACCCUUACAUUUUCCAGGCAAUCACAAAUCCUGAAGUAGUCAGGAAUCUAAAUGUGACUGGAACCACAACAUCAUCUGUGUCUCUGAACUGGACCAAACCAGUGGGAAACAGCUCCUCCUAUAGAGUAGAGUGGACUGAUGGAGGAGUCAGUGGGAAUCAGGCUGUCAAUGAAACAUAUAUAAAUGUCACUGGGCUGACUGCUGGAGUCCAGUACACAUUUACUGUCACUGCAGUGGCUGAGGAUGAAGAAACUCUUGGAAGGGUGGAGACAAUUUCUCUCUACACAAAUCCUGAAGUAGUCAGGAAUCUGAAUGUGACUGGAACCACAACAUCAUCUGUGUCUCUGAGCUGGACUGAACCAGUGGGAAACAGCUCCUUCUAUAGAGUAGAGUGGACUGAUGGAGGAGUCAGUGUGACUCAGGCUGUCAAUGAAACAUAUAUAAAUGUCACUGGGCUGACUGCUGGAGUCCAGUAUGAGAUAAAAGUCACUGCUGUGGCAGGUGAUGGCCAUACUGAAGGACAGAGUGUCACUGUUUUUAAGUACACAAAUCCUGAAGUAGUCGGGAAUCUUGAUGUGACCGGAACCACAACAUCAUCUGUGUCUCUGAACUGGACUAAACCAGAAGGAAACAGCUUCUUCUAUAGAGUAGAGUGGACUGAUGGAAGACAAAAUGACAGCCAAAAUGUAAAGGAAACACAUUUAAAUGUCACUGGGCUGACUGCUGGAGUCCAGUACACAUUUACUGUCACUGCAGUGGCUGGAGAUAACCAAACAGAGAGCAAAAAGGCUGAAAUCUCACACUACACAAAUCCUGAAGUAGUCAGGAAUCUGAAUGUGACUGGAACCACAACAUCAUCUGUGUCUCUGAGCUGGACUGAACCAGAGGGAAACAGCUCCUCCUAUAGAGUAGAGUGGACUGAUGGAGGAGUCAGUGUGACUCAGGCUGUCAAUGAAACAUAUAUAAAUGUCACUGGGCUGACUGCUGGAGUCCAGUAUGAGAUAAAAGUCACUGCUGUGGCAGGUGAUGGCCAUACUGAAGGACAGAGUGUCACUGUUUUUAAGUACACAAAUCCUGAAGUAGUCGGGAAUCUCAGUGUGACCGGAACCACAACAUCAUCUGUGUCUCUGAACUGGGCUAAACCAGAGGGAAACAGCUCCUCCUAUAGAGUAGAGUGGACUGAUGGAAGAGUCAGUGUGAAUCAGGCUGUCAAUGAAACAUAUAUGAAUGUCACUGGGCUGACUGCUGGAGUCCAGUAUGAGAUAAAAGUCACUGCAGUGGCAGGUGAUGGCCAUACUGAAGGACAGAGUGUCACUGUUUUUAAGUACACAAAUCCUGAAGUAGUCGGGAAUCUUGAUGUGAUCGGAACCACAACAUCAUCAGUGUCUCUGAACUGGGCUAAACCAGAGGGAAACAGCUCCUUCUAUAGAGUGGAGUGGACUAAUGGAAUUCAAAAUGACAGCCAAAAUGUAAAGGAAACAUAUUUAAAUGUCACUGGGUUGAUUGCUGGUGUCCAGUACACAUUUACUGUCACUGCAGUGGCUGGAGAUAACAAAACAGAGAGCAAAAAGGCUGAAAUUUCACGCUACACAAAUCCAAGUACAAUUGGGGAACCCGCUGUGUCCCAGAACACCUCCUCCAUCUCUCUGGACUGGACUAAACCUGCUGGGGAGGUUUUCAAGUACAGGGUGGAGUGGCACAAUGGUGGAGCAACGAUGAAACAGACCACAUCUGAAACCUUUGCUGUAUUGACUGGCCUGAUCCCGGGCACCAGCUACACAGUCCAGAUCAUUGCCAUUGCCCAUGAUGACCAGACGGAGGGAGACCCUUACAUUUUCCAGGCAAUCACAAAACCUGAUGUGGUCAAGGAUCUCACCAUCACCAACAUCACGACCUCAUCUGUUUCUCUGCGCUGGACUGAACCGGAUGGCAACUCUACAUCGUAUAAGGUUCAGUGGACCGCAGGAGGAGAGCCUGUCAGUAACGUCACCAAUGAAACCUUCAUCACCAUCACUGGGUUACAGGCUGGAUACCAGUAUAACAUCACGGUCGCCGCUGUUGCUGGAAGUAUUACAAAUGAGGGAGAAAGGAUCCAAAAAAACACUUUUACAAGGCCGGAGAAGCCGGGAAACAUCGUGUCUACAGCUAAUGAUACCAGCAGCCUGAGCUUCAGCUGGACUCUGCCAAGCGGGAGGGUCGAUCAGUAUGUGGUGAACAUCUGGAAUCAGGACCUGAUGUUCCUGAACAACAGCACAACAUACGACAUGUCAGCCACAUUUAGUGAUUUAAGUCCCGGGAGAAUCUACAACAUCACAGUGACGGCUGUGGCGGGACAGUUCAACAAUGCGUCUGAUCAGUCCUCACUGGCUACUGCUCCCACUCCUCCUGGUGCCAUCAGUGUAACUCAGCCGACCAACAGCUCGCUCCAUGUGCAGUGGGGGCCCCCCGUCUCUAUGGAGGGAGCCCCGGGCUUCAGCUACCAUGUGACCUACCAGGGUGACGGGCUGGGCAUGCAGAGUACAGAUGUUGCGACUAACCACACAACGCUGUCCUUGCUCCAGUCUGGGACUUCCUACAGUAUAAUGGUGGAAACGGUGGGACCCCAGCACUUACGGAGCACGCUCACCCGCACCUCAGAGUACACAUUGCCCAACCCCGUGCUGAAUGUCAGAGCCAGCCCUGAAUCCACCGACUCACUAAAAGUCGAGUGGUCGGAGCCGCUGGGAGCCCAGGUGUAUUACACAUACAGGGUUCAAACUGGCAAUGCUGCAGAAACCGUCAACACCACCAGCCAUGUGGUGACCGGCCUGGAGCCAGGAACUAGAUACAACGUCAGUGUCACUGCUGUGGCAGCACCAGGCGCCGAGUCGACGGAGGAGCAGGCGUCCAACUUCACAAGGCCCAAAGCAGUGACCAACCUGACGGUGGAGGACCUGAACACCACUGCCAUCCGCCUGACGUGGGCCAGACAGAGCGACUACAAGCCAGGGUACUCCUACCUGGUGACGCUGCACACGGGCGCAACAGAGGCUCGCAGUAUUUCAACGACAGCAGAGACUUCCACCCUCAUUAAUUUGACUCCCGGGAGGAUCUACACCUUCAAGGUGUUUACGGUCGUCGGAGGGGUCAGGUCCGCUGAGGAGAGCACAUCAAGCCACACGAAGCCCGGGGCUGUGUCUGACAUAUCUGCUGUAGGAACCACAACGACCAUGACGGUGAACUGGACCGCUGCGGCCGGCCAGGUGGACUUUUACUCUGUCCUGCUGUCCAGAGACGGCCAGUUGGUGAAAAACUCCACCGACCUGAGCAACGACACCCUCAGCGUCUGGUUUGAGGGUCUGAAUCCGGGGGUGCUGUACAGGGUGGAGGUGGUCACCCAGAGCGGGCCUUUCUCCGACAGCUCCUUCACUGAGAAUGCAACUUUUCCCAACCCUCCUGGUCCCAUCGCCGUGGAGUCGCAGACCGUCGACUCCAUCAACAUCAGCUGGGCCGCACCGGAGCACAUGGAGCCGGGUCAGUACAACUUCACGGUGCUCGGUCCGGACGGCGAGGACCUGAUCGGACAGAACUGGUUCUUGGUGGAGCGGCUUCAGUCCGGGACGGUUUACACCAUCUCUGUGGUCACGGUGGGAGCGCUCAGCUACAGGAGCACAGCGGUGACGACGCAAAACUACACCAGACCGCUCUCCGUCGUCCAGCUGAGGCAGGGAGGAAUCACCACCGAUGCAGUGAUGCUGCUGUGGGAUCAGCCAGAGAGGAAGCCUGACUUCACGUACCUGGUCCAGACCUCCAGCUCCCAGCCCCCCGUUUUACCUGUCGAGCUCCACAACACAACACAAGCCACCAUCAAUGGACUUCAGUCUGGGAGCAACUACACCUUCACCGUCACCACACGAACACCAGAUGGCACCGCAGCCGCCCCCGUGACAGUUUCCUACUUUACACGGCCGUACAACAUCAGCAGUUUGGAGGCCGACACCUUGAACACAACCUCUAUCAAUCUGACCUGGACCAAACCGCUGGACUACAAGAAUGGCUACAGCUAUCGCAUCAAGAGCGCCGACUGUGCCUCCUACAAUAAAACUGUGGAGGAAGAGCAAGCCGUGAUGACGGAGCUCCUUCCAGGAACCAACUGCACCUUCUACGUUUUUGUCCAGGCAGAGGACGGCAUCGAGGGGGAGCCUUACCGCACCUCUCAGUACACCUAUCCUGAGCUGGUCUAUCCCAGAAUCUCCAGCGAGGGCUCUAACGCCUCAAUCCUGGUGCGGUGGACGGCUCCAGCCGGGAAUGUGGAAGAGUACGUGGUGGAUCUCAACAGCACAGCUGAGGAUCCUCGCUCAGAGCGGCUGGACUCUAAUGCGAGAUCUUUCCUGUUUGAAAACCUGCUGGCAGGAAGAGAAUACACCGCCACGGUGACCACGAGAAGUGGACCCUUCACGGCAUUGUCUGGGUUCACCUCUAAUGCAACUUUUCCCAACCCACCAGGGCCAAUUGAGGUCGUGAGCCAGACCACCAGCUCCAUUGAAAUAAAGUGGGAAGAAGCCCCACUGAUGGCCAACGCGUCAUUCCAGUACAUAGCGAGCAGCACACUGUCCCAGGGUGCCCCACACACCACCAGCACCACCAACACCAGCCACACAUUCACCUCCCUGCUGUCCGGAAGCUCCUACAACAUCUAUGUGGCAACAGAGGGGCCGAUGGGCCUCCGGAGCGAGAAGGUCUGGAAAAACAUGGUCACCACAAGACCAAAACGUGUUCAGUCACUCAAAAUUGACGGGACAGAGGAGGAGAGCGUCACACUAACGUGGCACGAGCCGGAUGAGUACAAGGAAAGCUAUCGAUACUUUUUGACCUGGGCCGAUGCCGCUGGACGUGUGAGCAACUCCACAGCCGACAGAGAGGAGCUGAAAAUCUCUGCGCUGGUUCCUGGCAGCUCCUACAACUUCAGUGUGACCACAGAGACGGCGGACCGAACGCAGGGUGCCCCAGUGCUCAUCUCCGCUUGCACAAAUGCGAGCUCAGCCGCUAACUUUGUGUGUGUGGCUCCAAAUGGAACCGAGGCCAAGUUCUUGCUGUCCUGGGACAAACCCAGAGGCCUGAGCUCCGGCUUCCGCAUCAACGUGACGAACGUGAUGGAUGACAGCAGAAUGAGUCUCAUCGAGACGAGCUGUAACCCCAACUGCAACCGCACCGUCUCCCAGCUCAAGUACCACACUAGAUACCAGCUGACUCUGGAGACAAAUAGCUGCGGAAAACCCAGCUACCCCGUCUUCCUCAACUGCACAACUGGCAUCACAAACCCACUGAUCCCAGAUAAUUAUGAGUCGCUGGUAAUGGUGACUGAAGAGCAGCACAACCAGUUUCAGAUUCAGAUUAAAUCUGCCCUGCUGGUCUCCACCAAUGGGCCCGUCACCCAUUUUGGGGUGCUGGUGACAAACAACGCUGAAGGCAUUGACGGCGAUCUCAAGCAGUUCUUAAGCAAAACGUAUGAAGACUGGAGCGCAAAAAACUCUCCGGCAUACCUGGCAACCCUCAAAGAAAACACCCUGCAGUCACGCAGCACAGACGACUACCUGACCCUCACCGUGGGUGACGCAAGCAAGUGGAAGGGCUACACCAACGGCGCCCUGAAGGCCAACGAGCUGUAUCGGUAUGCACUUGUGAUCUUCACCCAGCUGAAUCUGAAUCCAAACGGCCUUGUGAAUACAGAAACUUCUCUAGUCUCAGUAACAGUCUUCAGUGACGGCAUCAAACUCCCACAGAACCCAGCUGUCAUCGGCAUUGCUGUCGGAGCAACCCUGGGAAUAUUUUGCGUCCUCUUCAUCAUCACCAUCGGCUUUAUUAUCUACUGGAGGAGAUUAGCCAACAAAGAAUCUUCUGAAAUCCAGAUUCAUUCACUGAGGUCUAAAGUAAGCAUGGCGGUGAGGGUGGAGGACUACGAGGCCUACUACAGGAAGCAGAAAGCAGACUCCAACUGUGGCUUUGCCGAGGAGUUUGAGGACCUGAAGCUUGUCGGCACAGCCCAGGCAAAGCUAAGUGCCCUUGCUUUGGAAAACAAGCCCAAGAACCGCUACAACAAUGUGCUUCCCUAUGACUCUUCUAGGGUGAAACUCUCUAUCCAUGGGAGUCCAUUUGAUGACUACAUCAAUGCUAACUACAUCCCGGGCUACAACUCGAGGAAGGAAUUUAUCGCAGCGCAGGGCCCCUUGCCCGUGACGGUCAACGAGUUCUGGAGGAUGAUCUGGGAGAAGAACGUACAGACGCUGGUCAUGCUGACCCGCUGCAAUGAGCAGGGACGAGUAAAAUGUGAGCGUUACUGGCCUUCUGACACCAAGCAUUUCGGGAACAUCACUGUGACAACCACCUCUGAAAUACCUCUUGAAGACUGGACCAUCAGGGACUUUGACAUCAAAAAUGUGAAAACAGCGGAGACUCGUGCUGUGCGUCACUUCCACUUCACGGCCUGGCCAGACCACGGCGUGCCGGAGACCACCGAGCUCCUCAUCAACUUCAGACACCUGGUCAGGGAGCACAUGGACCAGUACUCCAGACACUCUCCUACCGUGGUCCACUGCAGCGCUGGUGUGGGACGUACAGGCACUUUUAUAGCCAUCGACCGGCUGAUAUUCCAGAUUGAGAGGGAAAGCACUGUGGAUGUGUAUGGCAUCAUCCAUGACCUGCGCAUGCACCGGCCCCUCAUGGUGCAGACAGAGGACCAGUAUGUGUUCCUAAACCAGUGUGCAAUGGACAUCAUCAGAUCGAGAACUGGAACCAAUGUGGACUUAAUCUACCAAAACACCGCUGCACUCACUAUUUACGAAAAUGUGGAGCCCAGGAAGGGUUACCACAAUGCGUAAGGCCAAGCACCACCUCAGGUCUUCCUCGUCCACUCCUCUUUUUAACUGUCAUCAAGAAACUGAGCACACAUUAGCAAAAAGGAAGUCUUUUAGUAGAAAGUUUUAGUAUUUAUUUUUUAUCUCUCCCCAUUUACAUUCUUAUUAGGAUUCUGCUGGAUGUAAGCCUUCUAUUUUCUGAUAUUUAUUGUUGAAAUGUGGAACGUGUGGUAAUAGAGGAAACUGUAUACUGUAUAUUGGAGACGAAAUCAAAAACAUUUUGAUUGCAUUUAAAAUUCUGUGUUUCUCAUAAUUGCAUAUUUUUUGCAUUACUUAACUGUUUUCGUUUCUGCUCGCUCAGGUAAUGUUAUGUUGGAUGCUGUAUAGGAAUAUAAGAGACAUUUUUUUUUUUUUUUUGUCAAAGCAGAAGUUGUAUUAUAUGUAUUUCAUUGAAUCACUGGAGUAUCAUCACUGUCUUGUACAACCAGUUUGCUGGAUUAAGAAUUCACUGAAGUGCCUCUUGAAAUGCUGUAGCCCUUUAAUACCAACAGGUGGCGCACUGUUGUUACUGUUGCUCAUCACUGAGGCCAAAGCUGAGAAGGACAGACUGCCAUGAUCUUGCCGUGCUAUGAGGAGCUUAGGAAUGACUGUUUCAGCAAGUUAAAUAUGGUAAAUGUAAAUCUUCAGUAGAUCGGACCAAUAUUCAUUUUUGACAACUUUGCACUUGUUAUAAAAAUUUGAACCGUGCAAUGCCUUUAGAGAAUGAGAGGUUUUCUUGUUUUCAUUUUUUUUCCUAUUUGUGUGCACUGCUCUGUGUAAUGCACUGGAUGCAUUUUUUUUGUUUCUACACUGUUCCUUUUAAACCUAUUUUUUAAAUAUAUAUAUCUAUAGAAAACUGCUUUGUGAAGAUGUUCAGGAAUAGAUUCUACUCUCCUCACGUUUGAUUUAAACCUAUUCCCUCUGAUGAUAUUUUAAGAUGACACUGGAUGUUCACCUUAAGCACAAACUCAGGAACUCAGGCAACAUCUGAACACGAGAAGGAACGUUUUCAUCGAGAGACAUGACGGCGUUAGGAAGCCCACACUCACUCCAGUGCCUAAAGCAGCUGUUUUUUUGUUGUUUUUUUUUACCCCUAUGAAAGACUCAUCACUUUGUCUUCCAUCCCUGCACUGUACAUUCCUAAAAGAAACAAUAUGUCACUUCCUGCUGUGGACAUUUCCUGUGAUGUUUGGAUCGCCAGUGGAGCACAUAAUUUAUUUUCAGAUUCUAGAGGGCAGAUUUUUCCAUGAGGCGGGUACUUUUUUUUUUUUUUUUUAAAGGUCAUGUGUUGUUCUCCUGUAGAUUUUUUUUUAAAGUCAAUGUUCUGUCGCUGUUGUAUCAUAAUGUACUUUACUGAAGUAAGAUAAAUCAUUCUGAAAAUGAUUCAAAGCACUUAUAUUCUUUUUUUUUUUAUGAAAAACAAAGAUAGUAAAUAGUCUGAGUUUUAGAAGGUUGAAAGGUUGCUUUAUGAGAUGCUUGCUGGUACAAUGCAGAAAAGUAAAAAGGAGCAAAGAUGUGGUAUUUGUAUUUGUAUAUCUACUCCUCAAUCUGUCAAACAA